AUGGCAAGAAAGUUGUUGAAGGUUCCAUCCCUUAAGAGAAUGAUCUCUUCACCAAGAGCCGAUAAACUCUCUGAUUUCAAUGAAUGCAGUACGUCAUCUGUAGCAGAGAAGGGCCAUUUCUUUAUUUAUACAUCGGAGGGGAAGCGAUUCAUGGUUCCCUUGGCAUAUCUCGAGAAUAAUAUCUUCAAGGAGCUCCUGAAGAUAUCGGAAGAAGAGUUUGGGUUGCCGGGAGAUGGCCCAAUCACAUUGCCAUGCGAUGCAGCAUCAAUGGAGUAUGUACUCUCCAUGCUAAGAAGAGGAGUGUCUCAAGAAGUAGAGAGGGCCUUGCUUAGCUCCAUUUUCAUCUCUUGCAAAUCCACAUGUUCUACACUUGCUGUAGAACAUACUCAACAAUUUGCAGUUUGUAGCUGUUGA